GCCGACUUCGCUGUCGUCGUCCUCGAGGAGGGGAGUAUAGUUUCGUUACCGAAGCACGCGCGUCAAAAGACAGCACGGCACACAUUGCAACAAGCACACUCGCUCCCAUCGGUGUGUGUGAAGGCUCGCGCCGCUCUCUCUCUCUCUCUCGUUCCAAGUAGAGGUGUGUGUGUGUGUUAUGUAUAUACCUGUAUCCUCGUCUCGCUCUGACGCACGUGACUUUUAAAUGCCCGCGCCCGGCUGCUGUAUAUACAUAUACACAUAUACGUAUAUAAACGCGUAGAGUGCUGUCGCGCUGCAGGCUGUGCUGGCGCUCGGCGCCCCGUUGCUCCGAAAAGUGCCGAGCUUUAAGAGUUAUAUUUUUUUUCUUUUGUAAGUAUGCUGUGUACCUAUAAGUACUUUGUUAUGUACUUACCAUGAUGUUCGCUUCCGUCUUUGGUGCUGAGUUGUUUUUUUUUUUUUUCCGUCCCGGCUACCCGCGCGAGAGCGGGACACGAGCUUUUCGCUGAUAUGUUGUUACGUGUGACGCUCUGCUGAGUGGCUUAAACCAACGCUGGAAUUGUUGCGCACGGAAGGCUCGGAGCUUCUGUUCGAGAGCCGCGGUGAUGAGCUUCUGUACCUAUUUGUCCAUGGCUCGUUCUCUUGGCUUGUGAAAAGUGCGGUUUCAACGAGAGGGCGUAGGAGAGAAACACGAGGAGCAAGAAGCCGUCGCCCGUAAGAUCCAAUGGCACAGCCACCGUGCACGAGGCAGAGGGAGCUGCUGCAACAACAGCCACCCUGCAAGGAUGCCAACAGCCAAGGAUGCACCAGCAACAACAACAUCGACAGCCACACCGUCGGCAAAUCGGUGACUCGAAAGACCAAGGGUAGCGCCGUUGGCGGCAAGCCCUUCGUGCGCGACCUCAACAAGCACAUACUCUGUCGGCUCUGCUUUGGCUACCUCAUCGACGCGACCACGCUCGUCGAGUGCAUGCACUCUUACUGUCGGUCGUGCAUUAUCUAUCGCAUGAAAAACGGCCCGAAAACCUGUCCGGCCUGCGACACGAUAGUGACAAGCCGGCCCCGCCCGGAUGUCGCGCUCCAGCGGCUCAUCUACCUGGCCGUGCCGGGUCUGUACAAAUCCGAGCUCGAGCGCCGUCGCAACUUUCACCUGCCGAUCCCGAACUUCCAAAACCCCGGCACCGGCCAGCUGCCCCAGGGCGCCCCUGAACUGUCGUACGACGACUUGGUCAGUCUGAGCCUGUGCCGGCUCGACCUGCCGGCCGCCACGCGCUACCUCAAGUGUCCCGCCGGGGUCACGGUGAGGCACCUUCAGAGGCUCCUCAUGCUCAAGCAGGGCUGGCAGGACGAGGGUGGUGGUGGCGGGCCUCGACAAACCGGCAACGCAAAGAUCGAGAUUAUGCACGAGCUCGAAGAAAUCGGCGCCGACUCCGAGUUCGAGAUACUCGAGCCCUCCUGGACCCUCAUGGAUCUGGCCUGCAUCUUCAAGUGGUCCAAGGAAGCACCGAUGAGGCUCUUUUAUCGAAUCGCACCGCUGGACGAGCCCACGAUCGACGGACAGCUGAUCAGCGCCAGCACAACCAUCAGUGACGACGGCAACGUGGACGCCACAAAUUCAGCGAUCGAGAACAUCCAGAGGCCACCCACGCCUCCUCCGAGCCCGAAGCCUCGCGACCCGCCGGAGAAGAGUCCGCGACCGGUAGUACUGUUACCCGCACCAACGACACCGACGCCGACGAUUCCGACGCCGGCCGUACCGAGUACUGUUCCGUACUCAAGCUCGAAGGACCGGGAGACGAAAAAGACGCCGCGCUGGGUGGUGCCGGCGACCCGAUCGCUCGACUCCCCACUGGUCGUGGAGAGCCGAUCGCGGUCCGGAAAGUUACACAGGCUCGAGCACCACAAGCGCAAGAAGCGGCGGAACAAGCGCAUCAUCGCCGAGAUCACGAGGCCGCCGCAGGAGGACCUGCUCAAGCUCAAGGUACGCCUGACGCCGUGCCCACCUCGGAUAAGCUCGACCUCGAGCCAGAAGGACAAGCUCUCGCAGAUGCGAGCGGUGCGCAAGGAGAAGACGAAAGACGAGCCGGAGACGGUAGAACCACCCAAGCCCCGGCCUCCCGAAAAACCGAGUCCCAAGCUCGAGGAGGCAUACAAAGUCCCGGAAAAGAGGAGGAAGGAGGAGGCGGAGGUGGAGGUGAAGGUGAAGAAAGAGGAAAAACCCGUGGUGGUCGCUGCUGCCUCCAAGCCGAGCUCGACGGAGAAGAAAACACCGCAGCCCGAGAUCGUACCGGAGACGAAGACGACCGUGGCGAAACCACCGCCGUCACGACCACCUGCACCGCCACCGCCACCACCCCCUCCGGUCAAGAAGGAGCCCGAAGAGGAAAUCAAGCGGCCGGAGAGAGCAGAGACACCGAGGAACGAGGAAGUGUUGCGGAAGCUGGGCCUCGUGGCGGUCAGCGAGGCCAAUAGGACGAGGCAGGAGCGCGCCAAGAGCCCGUCGCAGGCCAAGAGCGAGAAGAGCGAUCCUGCCGUGGAGCGCGAGAAACUCGAGAAGCAGCUCAAAGAGAGCAAGGCGAACCGCGUGCGCAGCCUGCUGGCCGAGAAGCAGAUGCGGGACACCCUCAAGAGCAUCAUGUCCAAGGAGACGAGCAGCUCGAGCGCGCCACCCCCGUUGACCCGCUCCGCCACUCCCACGGUCGGUGCGAGCAAGCGUAAGGACGUACCGCCGCUGACGCCUCUGCGGGGACCCAAGCGGCCAACCGUCACCUUUGCUCCAGCCGCUUUUACGAUCAACAACAAGUACGAGUCGCCGCUGGACCUCAGCAGCCAGUGCAAGGGUGGCAUACUCGACUUGUCGCCUGGUCUGUCGGACGAGCUGACCAUCCGUAGGUGUGGCCCGGACGAAAAGCCGGUCAGCAUUCUCAGGAUCGGCGGUGGUACAAGUGGCGGAUGCGGUGGUAGUCGACAGGUGGCCGUCAAGCCGAGGGAGGAGCUGGUGGUCAAGAAAAUCCAAGAGUCGAACCUGCGCACGCUGUCCGACACGGCGGUUUCGCUUUUGGGUGGUGGCUCCUCGCCGGACAAGGCCAGGCAAGCGGCGACCCAGAGCUUUUUGAGCCCAAUCGGGGCGGUGGGGCUAGCUGGUGCAGCGGGCAAGGUCGCUCUGAAGAUCCCGCAGCCGCAUCAGAGGAUCACCGGCUUUGGCAUUAAAAUCAAGCCCAACGUCGGAGUCAGGCAUAUUCCCAACCCACAGGCUAUCGCCACUUCCCAGUACAGGAACCAGAGGACCGGCUACUACAGUCUCGCUCACCAACCUCCAUAAGUACGAAACUAGGGUAAUGUAAUUGUGUCAUGACUACACGUACGUUUUCGCUCAGUCUCUAUACCUCACCUCUUCCCACGCUGCGUACCACGGCGAUGAGCUACGUACGCGUGUUCACGUGUCGCAUUUGAGAUGUUGGAUCGAACGACCCAGCGUGAGUGCAAGUUUACCGGGUCUCUCCUUUUAUUGUUUUAUAAAUAAAUAAAAAGAUUGAUUUUUUUUUUUUUUCCAUUAGAGUUACGUACGAAUUAUAGUCGAGUAUUGUUUAUUCUUCGAUAGUAGCUAAAUGGAUUUGUACAUGUGCAAUAUAGGUGUUUAUAGGUAGCGGGAGAGAGGUGAUAUUAAUGUGUGAUUAUUAAGGGUGAUGCUGACUUUAAAGUUUCUUCACUCGGUGAAAAAAUUUGAUGAAAGAAAAUGAUAUUUUCUAAUAUAUAAUAUACAUUUCAACCGAGUCAAAUUUUUUCGUUUGUUAUGAUUGCAGUGGUGGCUGGGUUUUAUAUAGAAGAAAAUCGUUUUAUCCCCCGUUGGAUAGACGACACACGUACACGUCUCGGAAACCUUUUUUUAUCCUUACAUGUACACGAAAUUUCGAUAAAUAAUAUUGAGUAAAAAAUUUCCACACAUUACAUGACUUUUUAACAAAAUUUUAAAUUUAAAUGAAUUUUUAUCGAAAAUUCUUUGAAAUGAGAUUUUUCUUUCGUCCAUUACUAAUAGUGGGAUAUACAACUUUUUAGAGAUUAUUGUUUCUAAGCGUCUAUCCAACGCAAUUUUUUAGAGACGAUGGUAUUCGAAUUUAUUGUGAUAUAACAAAAAAAAAAUAUAUCGUCAAAUAAUACAUAAAAUGCUUUUACAAAACAAAAUUAUAAAUAUGCUUUGGAGGGUCGGUUUAAAGCCAUAAAAGAUAAUAUAAAAUAAAUGAAACGAGAUUAACAUGCACGAGGGAACAGUUUAAUGAUUUUAUACACUAAAUUUAUCACGAAACAUCGUACGUACUCAAACACUCGACCAAUGUUGAAAUAUUUGCUGUCGUUCCUAGAAAGAUGAAUAUAUAGUUCCUCGUAAAUUAAAGACAAGCAAAAAAGAGUUUAGGGUUGCAAAAAUCCCUAUGAUAUUACGAUAUACUUAUAUGUCAAAAGCCAAGUUCACGAGUGCAUGACCCAAUGAUGAUAAUAAUAAAUAAUAGCCUACCUAUUUUACGAAGCACACAAAUAUUACCCUCCAUAAGCAUAUUUGAGAACCAAAUUCUCAAUCAGUGGAAUAAAAAAUUUCGUUAAUGUUUGAAGAAGAAAAAAAAAGAAAAAAAAAUACAAAUUGAAAAAAAAAAAAAAAAAAGGUAAACGAAAUAAAAGUGUGUAAAACAUCUGAUUUACUGUGUUUCAUGUUUUUACGCUCUUUCUGGCACUUCAUCAUAUCCUACGUGUAAACCAGUGCCAGAACAGAUGCAGCUGACGAUUAGCAUGUAAGUGAUAAAUAGAUGUACACGUAGGUUGGCAGAACUCGAACGCGCUCGCGCGCGCACAUCGGUACACGUAUACCUACUUACGUAGAAAUACUUACACACUCAUCUUGAAGCAUAUAACACGGGAGCAGCGAAAAGAAAGAAAGAAAAAAAAAUAAAACAUCCGCUUGAAUAACGGGCAAACGCAGAAAUAUCGUUGAACGUUCCAUUUUGAAUGGACGUUUCUUUAUUUUUCUCUGUAAAAUAUUAAUAUAAAUAUGAUAUAGGUUUGUUAGCUAUGAUAGAGCAAUGGCUGCAGGGGAAUGCAAAAAAAAAAAAAAAAAUGAUUCGGUCGAUAAUGGGGAAUAAAAAAAAUUAAUAAUUAGUGUUUGAUGAAGUUUUUCAGAGAAUUUUACAAAUGGGGUUAUCAUAUCUAGGUAAUAUUUGUAUGAUUACGUGCAGUGGUAGUUGCCGAUCUUUAAUUACUAUUAUGUCCUUGUGAAAGAGCUAAACGACCUUACGCAAACUCCUCAGAGAUGCCAAAGAACAUGCGAAAAAAAAAGAAGCAAACGACGUGCAAUGCUUUAGUGCAAUUUUAUCGCCCUAUUUUUUGGGUAAUUUUUCAACUUGAUCGAUUUGAAAAUAAAAAUAAUAUUAUGUAUUACACGCAUGCAAUGAGAAAAAUCCGGUGAUAUUUACGAUCAUUCUGACCAAUGUUUAUAUAAAUAUAUCCUUUUAACUUUUCGUUGCGAUUGCUAUUGUCAAUUUGUUCUGUUACAAACUUUGAAAGGUAUCAUAACGUUACGAUUUUGAUAAACUAAUGGAGGCUAAAACCAAAAACAGAACUCAAAAGAAGAAAAAGAAAAACUUAUAAACAAAUCGAGCAUCCUAUGAAAGAGCGUUGAAUUUUAUAGUUACUGUAAUAAUUUUUUCUCUUCAUAUUCUCUAUGUAUACACACACAUAUAUAUAUAUAUUUAUUUCAUAGUAUAUAAUUUUACCAAAGUCAUCGAUAAUUUAACCUAGCACCAUUUAUUUUUAUGAUUAUUAGUUUUAUUAAUCAAAUUAAUAUAUUAUUUACUCAUAGUUAGUUAGAUUUUUCAUUUUUUUGGAUGAAUUACUAUCAAUUAUCUACACGUGAUAUUAUUUAGAAAAGGUAACAACAAUAACUUCAGUAACUGCCCACGGAAAAAAGAAAAAGUCAGCCAUUCGUUGUCUUUAUCUAAUUUCAUAAAUCCCAUCGAUUGUAUAGACUGAUUACGUUCACAAUAUGUACGUCCUAUACAGUAUAUCUUGAUGAGAUAAACAAAAUAUUGUGGUGACAUCGAACGAUCGACUCAUGAGAAUCAAAAUACACAAAAAAAUUAAUAAAUAAAGCUACCAUCAAUUAUUAGUUGUAUAAAGUAUCUUUUACACUGAACAAAAACCUCAUAAUAUAUAUUAACUAUAUUUUCAUUUAAUCAAAUGAAAAAUAAACCAUUGUCAGUGUGUAUUAUACAAAGUAGCAGUUAUGCAUCAUAACGAUUUUUGUAAUAUCACACGAAAUUAAAACUUAAAAAUUAAGAAAAUUUGUGAGACAGAUUUGUUAGACAAUUGAAUUGCUUGGCAAGUUUGCUUAAAAAUACUUUGUUGAGGAAAAAAAA